GUAUUAUAUUCUUCUCCAAUUAACGUGAUACACACAUAAAUUCGUGUUUUAAGUGUGUAUCAGUUGUCAAUACAAAUUAAACACCUAAAUGUUUCCGUGUAUGAGUUGUUAUUUCAAACACAUCAUGGGAUGAUCGAAUUUUUAUUAUAUUAACAAAUAAUAAUACAUCCAUCCAUCCAUCAUUUUACAUAAUAAUAAUAAUAAUAUUUCUAACAAGAUUUAUAUCUUAUAUAAGUAUAUAUUAUUUAUUUUUAUAUAUAUGGAGAGAGACCAUAAGAAGAGAAGCAGGGCGGUGGCCGGCAACGGAAGUAGUGGAGCUGAUCGGAAAAAAGAGAAAGAAACAAAAGGGAAGGAUAUGGAGAUAGAUCCGGUGCCGGUAGUGGUGGAGCCGCCGACGGAAGAUGAGGUGGAAGAAUUCUUUGCGAUUCUCCGGCGGAUGAGAGAAGCGGUCAAGUAUUUCGAGAAAGGUAAAAGCUCCGGUGAUGGAGGUAAGUUGCCGGAACCGUCACUAGACGGUGAUGAUGGUGUGAAGAAGAGAAGUGACAGUGGUGUUCUUUUGGAUCUGAAUACUGUUCCUGAUGAGGGGGAGUAGGUGCUUCAUGGCGGCGCGUGUGUACGUUUUCAGCUGCGCGUCAUGCGCAUUUUUUAAUAAGUGAUUUCUUUUUCUUUUUUGGUGGUUGAUUACGCUAAUUAAUGUAACCUGUUCUUUGCCGGGCUAUCCGGCCGGGUUUUGGCCCUUAAAUGUGUUUUUUUUUUUUAAGCUAAAAGCCCGAAAUGUUGAAUAUAUAUGUUGAAUUUAAUUUUAGUUUUGUAUUUAGUACUUUUUACAUUUUUAUGUAAUAAAAUACUUUUUAAUGGGAA